AUGUCGAUAUCUUCGAGUUCGACACGCGAGGAGGACACGCUCUCGGUGGUUUCGUCGAUCCGACAUGACAACCUCGCGCAGGUCUUGGAGAAUUUACCGAAGCAGCUGACCAAAGAAAGCUUGUUACGACUACACAGAGCUUGCCUCGAGUGCGACACCAAAUAUCUACCGCAAUCUGUCGAAGUCGCUGAUAUGCUGCUGUCAGUGCUCCUCGACAAGCAGACACCCGCCGCUGAACAGCAGCUGGCUCUGACCGUCCUGCAGCAUUUCAUUUCCCAGCAGCAGCUCGAAUGCGUUCUCCCAUCGUUAAGCAUACCCCAGAUCGAAUUGCUGCUCCCGUUACUGUUCGUUGCGAUCAAAGACUUUUCAGCCGUCGACAGCAGACUCCUGGAUGCUUUGAAGGACCCGAAAGUUAAUUCGAUCACAAAGCGUAGCAUACUCUGCUUCUAUACCCAAUUGGCGCAGAUUUCCCCCGACAGAGUGUCUCCUCAAGCCAAGGAUACCAUCAUAGGAAUCAUUCCGCUCUGGCUCAACGAUCCAAGCUUGAAGAAUUUCACCGCUAGCAACCAAGUACGGUCGCACACUUCUGAUCAGUUUCUGAAUGUUGCAACGUUUUCUCUCCUCCCGGUCUGGCUGGGGGUCAGUCAUUCGGAGAACCACCCUAAGAAAAGCGCCCUCUUCGAAGCCACCAUGGAGUACUCUGCGGCUGUGGUCGAGCUCGCCAUGCAAAUAAACGCCACGGAAAACGCGACUGUUCUCUGCCAAGCCGUCCAGUGCCUCAACGAGCUGUGCACGUACGACGAAUCUCAGCAGAGCUGGGCGAUUAAAGUCGUCAACAAGAUAAAAAGCGUCGAUUUUCUCCUGUGUCUACAAGUCGAGUCCUUCUGCUGCAAAUUCUCGCAAGACCCUCAGAGGAGCGUGGCGCUGGCUAAUGUGAGCGUAUCGUCGAUCAUCUCCGCCGCGCUAUCCAACACCAGUAAUGCCCACACUGUCGUGGAGUUCCUGAGGAGCAACUUACAGAACAUAGCCCGCCACGUGCAGUACAACUUCCCCGGCUACUUGAAGAUAUUCGCUCGUUUCCCCAAACACAUCGACCUCACUGAAGUUCUGGCAGCGAGCAUCACCGAGGAGAACUUUGAGCACGUAUUCCGGAAGUUGCUCCUCUGUCCGGCCGUUACAGCCGCUCUGAUCGCCCCACAUGACAAAUUAAGGCAGGAUGUCGUCGAUGCGAUAAAACCCACUCUGGAUAUGCUCCUGGGGGAGACAUUCUCCUCUGACGCGAGGGGAGACCUAUAUCUCGAGCGGAUGGUCUCCUCGCUUGCGAGCAUGAAACACUACAGACGGGUGGCUCUGGCAGCCUCAACGGUCGCGAACUCGUUGCUGCACACCUACUUCGAGACUCUCGAAUCCAAGUACCCUCAACGGUACUUCGAACUCUUGUCGAGACUUCUCUGCAAAUUCCCUAAACGACUAGUCCUGCCCGUCGAAGGCUACCUGGAAGAGAUCCAACACAUGAUAAUCGAAUUAUUCUGCGAGAACGUCUCUUUCAUCCCGAAUGUCGCAGAAACUCUGCGACAGAGCGAACACGCGGCUGUCGUGAUCGUUAAACUCCUGGGCGAUGCCGAGGAGGAUACAUGUGAGGAUUACCUGUCGGUUCUCAUGGAACACUUGCAGAAAUACUCGAGGGGAUCUCGAAUAAUUCGCGUCGUCAACGCCGCGGCUCUGGUCGCGCAGAAAGUCUCCCCGGAACAGAGGAGUCUCCUGUUGGAAACUUUGUCGCAAAUGAACAUAAAACCCUCGGAGGCUGAACUGAAUGAGAGAAUCAAUCAGGUUUCGGCGGAAAUCCAGCAAAACGAAACCUUGAUCUAUACGAACUCCGUUCUAUUCAACAUCAUCGACAAUUUAUACCGAAGCUGA